UGUCCUUCACGCUACUUGUCAUUACCUCAAGUAUCUGCAGUCUGGUAGACGAGCAGGUCAUCGACCCAUGACUAGUCUCUCGAGCUCAGCGAGCUCACGGUCGCCUCCGCCCUCGGCCCCGCGACCAUCGGUACUAGCGCGCUUCGUCCCGACCCUGACCACGACCUCUCACAUCUCCGCCCUUGUCUUCUCCUCCUUUCUCAUCGUGCACCUCGGCGCCCCACUCGCCUCUACACUCCGGCUCGGUCUCAACACUUUGACCAGCUCCACCGCUACAGGUGCGGGUGCAAGUGCUGGGUGUACAGAGGCAGCUUCAAGAUGGCAGCUCCUGGGGAGAGUCUACUACCAGGGAGCACUCAGCGAGCCUGUUGUUGUGUGGGGAGCGGCACUGCUGCAUGUGCUCAGCUCGGUGGCCAAGAGGGGAAUCAUGGUGUAUCUUGCACGCAAGAGACGGCGGACAGAGCAGGCUAUUCUGGCCGGGGAGGAUGCUUCGGCAGGCAUAUCGAGCGAGGAGCCACUGCUCCCUGCACCGGCCCAUGCCACCUCAUCGUCUCCCAAAGGAGCCCCACGCUGGUUCUCUUUCUCCUCUUCCCUCCCAUCAUCUCACACCCUAAGUGCCUACGCUCUCCUCCCUCUCCUCCUCUCACACCUCACCCUCCAUAGGCUGCGUCCCCUCUCCAGCUCAUACCCCAUCAACUCCCUCUCCCCCUCAGAGCUGGACUACUCCUUUGUCCACUUCGGAGCCACUCUAUACCCACAUCUCUACACGACAUCGAUGGUAGCCCUCACGGCAGUAGCUGCAUACCAUGUAGCUGGCGGAGCAGGAAUUAUUGGGAGGAGGUGGGGUCUGAAGUACAAGGCUAGGAAGGCGGCGGCAGCAGCGCGGCUGGGUGAGAGUGAUGUGACUACUCGACAGACGAGCAAGAAAAAGAGGAAACGAGGACCUCUGGUGCCCGCUCUCGUGGGCUCUGCACUUGUCCUGCUGGGCUUCUGGGGUAUUGUGAGGGACGAGGAGGCUGGCAGCCAUCUCUUCACCAAGAGCGGCGGCGGGAUGGCCGGUGAAGGGCAAGGUGUGGGACUGACCUGGGUGGGCAAGAGGAUGGACGCGGUGUACAAGACUGUCUGGCCCUUCUCCUGGACAUGAGGACUCUUCAAAUACAUGUCCUCAUGUCAGGUCUGCCAAGAGGCGCAGAUCUCUGCACUCUGAGUCAGACGUGACGCUCAAGUCAUUCACUGAUCGACUGGGAGAGGCUGUCUAUAUGGCGCUGCGGUUGUUAGCGAGAAAAGGAACAAAGCGCAGUCUGUGUGGGGAAGCUAUGAAGGGAAACGUCAAAUGACAAUG